GCCGCGAGCGGCAUGGAGGAGGCGGAGGCCGCGGCGCGCCGGGCCGAGCAGUGCGGGCCCGAGCGGGGCCCGAGCGGGGCCCGGGCCUCCUGAGCCAUUCCUGAAGGCAUGGGUUGGCCAGGACAGUGGUGACCCCCCAAUCCGGCAUGGACGAUUGGAAGCCCAGCCCCCUCAUCAAGCCCUUUGGGGCUCGGAAAAAGCGGAGCUGGUAUCUUACCUGGAAGUAUAAACUGACCAACCAGCGGGCCCUGCGGAGAUUCUGUCAGACAGGAGCUGUGCUUUUCCUACUGGUGACCGUCAUUGUCAACAUCAAGUUGAUCCUGGACACGCGGAGAGCAAUCAGCGAGGCCAAUGAAGACCCAGAGCCAGAAACAGACUAUGAUGAGGCCCUGGGCCGACUGGAGUCCCCACGGCGCAGAGGCAGUGGUCCCCGACGGGUCCUGGAUGUGGAGGUAUACUCAAGCCGCAGCAAAGUGUAUGUGGCAGUGGACGGCACUACGGUGCUGGAGGAUGAGGCCCGGGAGCAGGGCCGGGGCAUCCAUGUCAUCGUCCUCAACCAGGCCACGGGCCAUGUGAUGGCAAAGCGGGUGUUUGACACGUACUCGCCUCAUGAGGAUGAGGCCAUGGUGCUGUUCCUCAACAUGGUGGCACCUGGCCGAGUGCUCAUCUGCACCGUCAAGGAUGAGGGCUCCUUCCACCUCAAGGACACAGCCAAGGCUCUGCUGAGGAGCCUAGGCAGCCAGGCCGGCCCUGCCCUGGGCUGGAGGGACACGUGGGCCUUCGUGGGACGAAAAGGAGGUCCUGUCCUCGGGGAGAAACAUUCUAAGUCACCUGCCCUCUCCUCCUGGGGGGAUCCAGUCCUACUGAAGACAGAUGUGCCGCUGAGCUCAGCUGAAGAAGCAGAGUGCCACUGGGCAGACACAGAGCUGAACCAUCGCCGCCACCGCUUCUGCAGCAAAGUCGAGGGCUAUGGGAGUGUGUGCAGCUGCAAGGACCCCACACCCAUCGAGUUCAGCCCUGACCCACUCCCAGACAACAAGGUCUUCAAUGUGCCUGUGGCUGUCAUUGCAGGGAACCGGCCCAAUUACCUGUACCGGAUGCUGCGCUCUCUACUCUCAGCCCAGGGGGUGUCUCCCCAGAUGAUAACAGUUUUCAUCGACGGCUACUAUGAGGAGCCGAUGGAUGUGGUGGCGCUGUUUGGUCUGAGGGGCAUCCAGCACACUCCCAUCAGCAUCAAGAACGCCCGUGUGUCUCAGCACUACAAGGCCAGCCUCACUGCCACUUUCAACCUGUUUCCGGAAGCCAAGUUUGCUGUAGUUCUGGAAGAGGACCUGGACAUCGCUGUGGAUUUUUUCAGUUUCCUGAGCCAAUCCAUCCACCUGCUGGAGGAGGACGACAGCCUGUACUGUAUCUCUGCCUGGAAUGACCAGGGGUAUGAACACACGGCUGAGGACCCAGCACUGCUGUACCGCGUGGAGACCAUGCCUGGGCUGGGAUGGGUGCUCAGGAAGUCCUUGUACAAGGAGGAGCUUGAGCCCAAGUGGCCCACACCGGAAAAGCUCUGGGACUGGGAUAUGUGGAUGCGGAUGCCGGAACAACGCCGAGGCCGAGAGUGCAUCAUCCCUGACAUUUCCCGAUCCUACCACUUUGGCAUCGUUGGCCUCAACAUGAAUGGCUACUUCCAUGAGGCCUACUUUAAGAAGCACAAGUUCAACACGGUUCCAGGUGUCCAGCUGAGGAACGUGGACAGUCUGAAGAAAGAAGCGUAUGAAGUGGAAGUUCACAGACUGCUCAGUGAAGCUGAGGUUCUGGACCACAGCAAAAACCCUUGUGAAGACUCUUUCCUGCCAGACACAGAGGGCCACACCUAUGUGGCCUUUAUCCGAAUGGAGAAGGAUGAUGACUUCACCACCUGGACCCAGCUUGCCAAGUGCCUCCAUAUCUGGGACCUGGAUGUACGUGGCAACCACCGGGGCCUGUGGAGAUUGUUUCGGAAGAGGAACCACUUCCUGGUGGUGGGGGUCCCAGCCUCCCCCUACUCAAUGAAGAAGCCACCAUCAACCACCCCAAUUUUCUUGGAGCCACCCCCAAAGGAGGAGGGAGCCCCAGGAGCUGCAGAACAGACAUGAGACCUCCUCCAGGACCCUGCAGGGCUGGGUUUAUCUUCCAUUUGGGGCCAUUUGGCCAGCAGGGGACGCCCAAGUCUCAAACUCCAAGAUUUUACCCUAGAACAACAGAGUCUGACCUUUGCCCCACCCUACUUGGGGCUGAGCUCAGAGCGGCCACCCUAUACCCCAUUCCCACUGUUUAAUUAACCAUCAGGCUGUUUCCUGCCUAGCUCGUGUCUGGGCCAGGGCACCUGUCCCCAAAAAUGGAGCAAGAGAGAGCAAAAAGGGAUACCUGGGGAUGGGGGGGUGAUAGAGAGCAGGUGAGUACAGUGGAGGUGGGAAGGAAGUGGAUGAGACAGAGCUGAAUGGGCAUCAUCAGGAAGUGAGGAUUGGGCUGCAGGUGGAAACACAGGAACAAGGAUGUCUACGGCCCUUAGGGUACUUUGUAUGCACAUUCCAUAUCUGGGCAUUUUUCUGGAGAAAAGCCAUCAUUUUCAUCAGAUCACCCAACCAGUGAUCCAAAGAAGUCAGGAAGAUACUAAGUUAGUCAUGCUAGCACCAGAAAAUGGAUGAGAUUGUCCAGAGGAAGUGGUUGAGAUAGCCCAAAGCAGAGGGCAUGACAUUUAAGGAAUCUGUGAAGGACUUAGGUUCAAGAGAGUAAGUGUAGGACACUUGGAGAAGGGGUCUGCCUGCAGAGCCCUUGCAAAGUGAGCCUCAUGAGCUCCUUAUAUAGAGCCUUGGCCAGGGAGGCAGGAGCUGGCUGGAACUCUGCCCUGUCACCAGCUCUCUGCCCCUACCUCUCCAAGUGGUGCCUGGAGCCCUGCUCGGCGAUGGCACGGGUGGUGUGUGGCUUCAGUGUUUGCUGGAGGUAGAGAUAGCGCUUGAGGUGCCACAACAGCCAGGUUGAGGAACAAUUAGCUCAUAAUGAGGUGGAGGAGGCCCACCCAGGGCAGACAAAUCCCUUGUAGCCUUAUCUAUAUAGGCACCUGGGGGUGGGGUAGUGUGAGAGUCAUAGAAAGGUGGUGAAGGUGGGAGGGGGGCUAAGUGCUCUACCUGCCCAUCCCCCCAGCAGGCUGCUGAUCUGGGCCUCACAGACCAGCUCUCAGGCACUGCGUUGCACUGGCUAGGUCACAGUUCCUUUUUGGAUUCAUGAGGGGUGAUGGUUCUGGGUUGCCCUAGUAAAACCUGGGAAGAGGAAUCCAGGGCUCAGAGGCAAGCAAGGAGGACUGGUUUGCCAGACUGGGCUUUGCUUGGUAGUAGACACCAUAUCCUCUGGCCACAGCCUCCCACCUUAGUGCUAUGUCUCCUGCAGCAGCAAUCAGAUCCAUGUCUGGGACAUUCUGGCCUAAACGUAAAUCAUGUUCCCAUGUCAGCCAGGAUCCCACCCGGCUCUGGAGUCAGAUGUCCUGGACCCAAAUCCAGGCUCAGCUCUUCAUGGGAGGUUGUGGGCCUGGAACAAGUCACUUGGCCUUUCUAGGCCCAGUUUCUGGAACAUGGGGGUGGUUAAGACUAAAUAAGAGGGCUUCCCUGGUGGCACAGUGGUUGGGAAUCUGCCUGCCGAUGCAGGGGACACGGGUUCGAGCCCUGGUCUGGGAAGAUCCCACAUGCCGCGGAGCGGCUGGGCCCGUGAGCCGCAAUUACUGAGCCUGCGCGUCUGGAGCCUGUGCUCCGCAACGGGAGAGGCCGCGAUAUUGAGAGGCCCGCGCACCGCGAUGAAGAGUGGCCCCCGCUUGCCACAACUAGAGAGGGCCCUCGCACAGAAACGAAGACCCAACACA